AGCGUGGUGAGACCUGAUUCGUUGUUCACAAUUAACCAAUCAGUUUUGUCCAUCUGUCUUGCAGGGCUUGAAGUGUUCGUGUGUAACAAACGCUUGAAUUAUUUAGCCCAAUCGCAGUAUAAGAGCAAUUAAGCUGAAGUCGAUUGAAAUUAUUUUAAAUUGAUACAAAUUAUUUUUAAAAUGUUUCACUAUUGCACUAUUAUUUUACUGUUGUAUACAGCUCAUGCCGAAAUAUAUUUCCAAGAAGAAUUUAAAGAUGAUUCAUGGGAAAAUAAUUGGAUAUAUUCAGAACAUAAAGGAAUAGAAUUUGGAAGAUUCAAUUUAAGCCAUGGAGAAUUCUGGAAUGAUCCCGAGGCUGAUAAAG